AUGGAUGAUAUACCAGAUUUGGUUGAGGAAUUGCCUGAUAACGGCAAUCAGAUUACUAAAGGAUCGAAUGGUAAUAAACUUGGAGCAGUAGGUAAAUCGGUUUCACCGCCUGUGGAUCAAGUAAAGGAACUUGAUAUCACCGAUGAGAAGACGAAGAUCCCGAUUACAAUUAUCACUGGAUAUUUAGGUUCUGGUAAAUCGACUCUAUUGGAGAUGAUUGGUAAAAAUUCAAAGAAGAGGUUGGCGAUAAUUUUGAAUGAGUUUGGAGACUCAUCAGCAAUCGAAAAGGCUAUCACGGUCAAGGAUACUGAAAAAAAUGAAUCGGUUCAAGAAUGGCUCGAUUUGGGUAAUGGAUGUCUUUGUUGUACAGUAAAGGAUAACGGUGUUCUUGCUAUAGAGCAGUUGAUUGAAAACUCCAGAGGAAAAAUUGAUUACAUUUUGUUAGAAACUACAGGAAUCGCUGAUCCGGCGCCAAUAGCCAAGAUGUUUUGGAUGGAUGAAGGACUAUCAUCGAACGUUUAUAUAGAUGGAGUCGUUACUGUCUUGGAUGCACAAAACAUUCUUAAGUGUUUGGACGAUGUUGGUGGACAUUGGCAUAGAGCGAAUAAGCACUUAAAAGUAAGUCAGAGUGUUAAUGCUGAUGAUCUUACAGAGGAAGAGCUCGAAGAUGAAAGAAAAAAGCUAGAGGAAGGCUUGACCACGGCUCAUUUACAGAUUGCCCUUGCGGAUACAAUCCUAAUAAAUAAAGUAGAUACAUUGGAAAAAGAAUCAUAUGAGGAUAAAAUCCAAGCUAUUGUAGGUAAAGUGAAAGGAAUUAACUCCAGUACACCCAUUCAUACAACAAGCUUUGGUGAUAUCGAUCUUGAAAAGAUCUUGGAUUUGCAUGCAUUUGAGGCAAACACUGAAAAGUUAACAGAAUCGAUAAAUUACAUGAACAACUCGACCUAUCAUGAUGACAGAAUCGCCACCGUGACUAUAACAUUUCCUUUUUUCGAAACCGGCGAAUUCAAUAAGGUAGAGUCUUUUCUUCAAUAUGUGCUCUGGGAAAACAAAGCUAACAACAAUCCUAUCGAAAUUCAUAGAGUCAAGGGAAUUUUGGUAAACAAAAGCACAAACGAACAACUUGAUGUAAGAGUGAUCCAAGGUGUUAGAGAGACAUAUGAUAUCAUUGAAGGUGGUAGACUAGUCGAUGGAAUCACUCAAAAUAAACUAGUAUUCAUCGGUAAGAAUUUGACCCAUGAUGAUUUAUACAGUGAAUUACAAGUAUAUUUGAGAAAGUAG